GGUGCGACCAUGAGGUCAGAGGCCUUGGUACUCUACUUCACGCUACUACAAAUAGCCAGGGCGGGCUUCCCUGAGGACAGCGAGCCUAUUAGCAUCUCACAUGGAAACUACACAAAACAGUAUCCAGCGUUUGUGGGACACAAACCUGGAAGGAACAACACGCAGCGGCACAAACUGGACAUCCAGCUCAUCAUGAUCAUGAACAGGACGUUAUAUGUCGCUGCCAGGGAUCACAUAUACACGGUGGACACGGAGACUGCCAACGGUGACGAGAUCUUUUUCAGCAAGAAAAUGACGUGGAAGUCCAGACAGCCAGAUGUGGACACCUGCAGAAUGAAAGGAAAGCAUAAGGACGAGUGUCACAAUUUCAUCAAAGUCCUCCUGCAGCAAAAUGACGACACCUUGUUUGUUUGUGGAACAAACGCUUUCAAUCCCUCUUGUCGAACCUACAAGAUGGACACCAUGGAGCCUCUGGGGGAGGAGAUCAGUGGGAUGGCCCGCUGUCCGUACGAUGCAAAGCACGCCAAUGUUGCUCUUUUUGCUAAUGGCAAGCUGUACUCGGCCACCGUAACUGACUUUCUAGCGAUCGAUGCGGUCAUCUAUCGUAGCCUUGGCGACAGUCCGACUCUUCGCACUGUCAAACACGACUCCAAAUGGCUGAAAGAGCCGUACUUUGUCCAGGCAGUCAAUUAUGGAGACUUCAUCUAUUUCUUCUUUCGGGAAAUUGCCAUGGAGUACAACACAAUGGGAAAGGUCGUGUUUCCACGGGUGGCGAGGGUUUGUAAGAACGACCGCGGUGGCUCGCCCCGCGUCCUGGAGAAACAGUGGACCUCCUUCCUAAAAUCUCGCCUGAACUGCUCCAUCCCCGGCGACUCUCACUUCUACUUCAACAUCCUGCAGGCCGUGACAGACGUCAUUCACAUCAACGGGAGGGACGUCGUCAUGGCGACGUUCUCCACACCUUACAACAGUAUUCCAGGUUCAGCUGUUUGCGCCUACGACAUGGCGGAGGUGGCGCACGCAUUCACAGGGCGUUUCAAAGAGCAGAAAUCCCCUGACUCCACCUGGACGGCUUUUCCUGAAGAGAAGGUUCCCAAGCCAAGACCUGGCAGCUGUGCCGGCACUCCAUCCAUGGAGAGGUACAAGGUAUCCAAUGAGUUCCCUGAUGACACGCUCAACUUCAUCAAAAUGCACCCUCUGAUGGACGAGGCUGUGCCCUCCAUUGCUAACAGGCCCUGGUUUCUCAAGACCAUGGUGCGGUAUCGUCUGACGCGCAUCGUGGUGGACAACAAAGCAGGGCCCCAUAAGAAUCACACAGUUGUGUUCUUGGGAUCCGAGAAAGGCAUCAUUCUCAAAUUCUUAGCCAAGAUGAACAAUGGCUUUCUCAAUGACAGCCUGUUUCUAGAGGAGCUAAACGUCUACAACCCUGACAAAUGCAACAUAGAUGGUGUGGAAGACAAGCGCAUCAUCGGGAUGCAGAUUGACACCAAGAGUCAAGCUCUGUGGGUGGCUUUCACUUCCUGUGUGGUCAAAGUGCCAUUGUCUCGAUGUGAAAGGCAUGGACGGUGCAAGAAGUCCUGUAUAGCCUCCAGGGACCCAUACUGUGGUUGGGUGUCAGAAGGUGCCUGCAGACAAGUGGUUGGCAACACCAAAUCUGCCUUUGAGCAGGACGUGGAGCAUGGUAACACAGAUGGCCUGGGAGACUGCCAAAAUACAUUUGUGGCACUGAAUGGCCACCAGCACCACCACCAUCACCACACCCUUACACUUCCCACAUCAGCCCUCCCAGAGGCUGCAGAGGGCCCCCUGGGGCGGGGCCGCAUGGUGGAGCGGAAGGACCCCCCCAUGAGCUCAGACAAAGGGGAGGACCCGUACGUGGCAGUGCCCUCUCAGACUCAAGCCGAAGUCAAUGGUGUGAUCCGUGAGAGCUACCAGAAGGGUCGUGAUCAGCUGGUUCCUGUGACCCUGUUGGCCAUAGCUGUCAUCCUGGCAUUUGCAAUGGGAGCCAUCUUCUCAGGCCUCAUUGUCUAUUGUGUGUGUGACCACCGGCGGCGAGAUUUGGACCUGACAGGUCGCAAAGAAAAGGACAGCCUCCACCUUCACUCCCGCAGAGGAUCAAUGAACAGUGUGACCAAGCUGUCCGGUCUGUUUGAAACGCAGGCCAAAGAUGGUCGCCCGGAAGCCAUCCUCACCCCUUUGAUGCACAACGGGCGACUGACACCAAAUGGGAAGAUGCUGAUAAAAGCUGACCAGCACCACCUGGAUCUUGCUGCUCUGCCAACACCUGAGUCCACACCCAUGCAGCCACGUCGUAAACCCAGCCGGGGAAGCCGUGAGUGGGAAAGAAAUCAGAACCUCAUCAACGCUUGCACCAAGGACAUGCCGCCUAUGGGCUCCCCUGUCAUCUCAACAGACCUGCCCCUGAGGGCCUCACCUGGACACAUUCCCAGUGUGGUAGUCUUGCCUCUGCCGCAGCAUCAGCACCAACUUCAGCCUCAUCUGCAGCAAUCCUACCAGCAUGAGUAUGUGGAACAGCCCCAUCAUAGUGAUUUGAGCUUGAGCCAUGGCAUCAUGGAUGACCAGGGGGCCACGCUGGAGUACAAGACAGCAAAAAGCCACAUGGUGGAUCCAGAUGGGGGGCUGCCACCUCGUGUGCCCCAACGAGAGGCGUCUCUCACCAUCCCUCCUGCCGUCCCACAGAUGGGAAAACGCCUGGAGGUCCACUCGUCGGUCUACGCCCUCCGAAAAGGAUCAGCAUCUGUUGCGUCUGGAUCCUCUGCCCUGAAGAAGCAUAACACCAACUCAUCUAACUCCUCCCAUAUGGCGAGGCAUCACAGCUUCCGUGUGGAGACACCACCGCCUGCACCCCAGAGGGUGGACUCUAUACAAAUGACAGCACAGGGCAUAUCACUAUCGCGACAGCCUAGAGUGAUCUCCUAUGGCUCACUGCCUCGAACAGGCAUCAAAUACCUUAAGCCUGAUGUCCCUCCAAAACCUUCUGUAGUCUCACUGUCAACAAAAGUCAAGUCCAGUGACUCUGGCACAUAGUCAGCCUUCAGUCCAUCAGUCCAAUGUGAACACACAAAAGUGAAAGGUAUUUUUCUGAAAGAAAGAAAAAAAAAAACAGGGAAUACUGUACAACUUGCAUCUCCUUCAGUGCUUUUAUUUGUUUGUUUAUGUUUUUGGUGUACAUUGUGGUGGAAAAUUCAACACAUUUCCCCCUCCUAGAAAACCCUCCUUUUGAUAUAAAUAUGUAAAUAUAAACUGGUUGUUGUCUGUUGUCCCUGUCAUUGAGCUCAUGCUCUGACCAGCUUCCCACUUUGUUUGUGAACAAAAUGGGACCGUGUGCUACUGAAAAAGAAGACAAGUCCUGUACUGAAUAUUUCAUCCUUUUGGCACCUUGUAGCAUUCAAGGCGGUGGCUCUCUUGUUUGUCGCGUCUUUGGCUGCCAUAGCUUGACUUGGUACUUUAUCAGGCCAAUAAAAGCACAUAAGAAGAUGACAUGCAGGGUGGCAGAGCAUGGAGAAUAAUAGUUGUACAGUACCUUGAUGACUGAAGAAUCUGAGUGGAGGGGCACUCAGAGAGAUGGACUGAAAGGACAGGCACCUCCCUGAUUUCUGUUGGAAACUGUGAAAAGCAUCUCAGUGUUACAGCAAUCAAGACCUGCCUGGGUUUUACCGAAAGCCUGGCCAGAAGAAUCUUCUAUUGUAAUGGUAACUAAAUAUCAUGUGACUGUUAAUACUAAUAGCCUGUUGUAUUUAUUUUUAUUAAGUGCUUUUAAGAAAAUAAAAAUAAAAAUAAAAACAAACUGACUUUCUAGGCUCGGACAGAGAGAAGACAAAGAAGAAAUCUUUUAAUUUUAAUUAUUCAAGUGAGGAGAAAUAUUUAAAGUCAUUAAACUGGAGCCAGUAGAACUUUCUCAGUGACUAAAGGUCCAUAAAGGUCUUACUGUGUGAUCAGUGGGACCUGCUUGAGGUGUACAUGACCUCUGUGAUGCGAAGGAGAUAUUUAUUGAAACUGUGCCAGUCCUGACUUUCAUUUUUACAGACUCCAUAGUUUCAGACCAAUCAUUAAAAAAAAAAAAAGACCUGAAUCUCACCUUUUCACUCCUCCGACCAGAACCCCACCCCCAACCAGCACUGUGGUUUUUUGUGUGCGUCAGAAACAUUUGUCCUGAGCGGCUUAUUGGUGCCAUCAAAGCUCACUGUUGCAUGUUGCAAAAAAUAAGAAAAGCAGCUGCAGCAACAGUGCAGGAUUCAGAGGAUAGACUUUCAAAACGAUGCUGUGGGUGAGGCUGCAAGCAAACCGAACGAUGCUCCCUCGUCGGAACAUACCGUUACGUCCGGUGGCGUCACGCAGACGAGCAGGCGACAAACGAAAACAAAGAAAACAUCUGUACUGCCUGCUUCUGUCUCCACAUGUAAAUUUGUGCCUUACACCCUCAAGUAGUGACAAUGUUUUCUUUAAUAGCUGUUAACUUUGUGUCUUUGUUGUGUUUUUUUUUAUUAUUAUUAUUUUCUUACGUCAUGUUAUUUCCCUGGUUUGAUAAAAGGAAAAAAAAAUACAUUUUAAAGAAUGUAGGUGUUAUUGUUGUAAUUCUGGUCCAUAGACAUUAAAACACAGUCUUUUUCUUUCUUACAAAUAAACACAUGCACACACACACACGUAACACACAACAUCUUUGUGGUUCAUUUCUGAUUGUGCCAUUAAUGCGCUUAAAGCAGCCCUUUCUGUUGUGCUGGAGUGUUGAUGAAAACGUCGUGUUUUUGAUUUUCUGUUUUAUACGAGCUAAAAGUCCUGGUGUUUGUUUCUACUUGUUUUGGUGUUCAUUUGGCGUGAUGGUCAUUUGACUGAAAAACUGAAACUUAACAUUUGUUAUUUGUCAAGAAGGCCAAGGUGAAUUUGUAGCAAACUCACCGUAUGAGAUACUCAUAAGACCCUAAAGAACUAAUUUAAGGUUACAUGUAACCAUUCAUUUGGGAGGCGGUUGCAAUAACAGGCUGGUUCCUGUUAAAUAAAAAAGUUGGCAUUAUAAAAUAAACAUCGUUUUUUUUUUAUUUAACUCCCUUUUU